AUGAUGUUCUCCGGCAGUGUGUUAGUAAUUCUUUUGUUGCUGCUGCUGGCGUUUGUCCAGUACUGCUGGCCAGUGAUCACCGCUUCACCUCUAAAACCAGGCUUUCCCUUCCUGUUUAUGUGGAACGCUCCCACAGAACUCUGUAAGAGUCGUUUUGGCAUUGAGCUCGAUCUGUCCCACUUCCAAAUGGUGAGCAGCACCUUAAAGUCAGCCACCAAUCAAAGCGUCUCCAUCUUUUAUUCUGACCGCUUUGGCAUCUUCCCCUCCUUGGACAAGAAAUGUGGAAAGCCUUGUGGAGUUGGGCUUCCACAGCAGAUGGACUUCCAGGAGCACUGGGAGCUGGCUGAAGAGAACAUCAUCUACUACAUUCCAGAAGAUCAGCCUGGGCUGGCCGUACUGGACUUCGAGGAGUGGAGACCACAGUGGAUCCGUAACUGGGGUAGCAAAGAUGUCUACAGGGAGCAGUCUAUAGAGGUCAUCAUGCAGAAGAAUCUGUCUGUGUCAUAUAAAGAAGCACAAACCUUAGCAGCGAUGACAUUUGAAGAAGCAGCAAAGAAGUACUUCCUUAAAUCCUUGAACCUUGGAAAGAAAUUGAGACCAUCACGUGGAUGGGGUUACUACUUGUACCCUGACUGUUAUAACUAUGACUACAACAGUAACAUGGAGUACUAUACUGGAGAAUGUCCAGAGCUAGAAAAGCUGAGGAAUAAUGAGCUGAUGUGGCUCUGGAAUGAAUCCACUGCUCUUUUCCCAUCCAUCUACUUGGAACUUGUCCUACAGGAAUCUCACCAGGCCAAACUCUAUGUCCGUCACAGGAUCCAGGAGGCCAUGAGGGUGACCAAGCUCUCCAACAAGACCUGUGCUGUUCCUGUAUAUGCAUAUAUACGGCCCUGCUUCAAAGAUAGUGAUGUCAACUACCUGUCUGAGUAUGACCUGGUUAAUACUAUAGGAGAAGCUGCUGCUUUAGGAGCUGCUGGAGUCAUCUCCUGGGGUGAUAUGAAUAUCACAAACUCAGAGGCCUCCUGUACAGCUGCAAAACGCCACCUAGAGGAAGUUCUGAACCCUUACAUCCUGAAUGUCACCACAGCUACGCAGCUUUGUAGUGAAGUCUUGUGCCAGGCUAAAGGCAGGUGUGUGAGGAGGCUCUGGGACAGUGGAGAUUAUCUUCACUUGUCUCCACACAGGUACCAAAUCUACAUGGACAAUGCAGGGGGGCUCUUCAUGAAGGGGCACGUUUCACAGCAGGACAUUGACUGGUUUGAGGAGAGGUUUGACUGUGUGUGCUACAUGGAAGAGCCUUGUUUUGCACCCCUCACCCUGAAUAGAUUUUCUGGUUUUGUGUAUAAUGAAGGGUUGUCUUUGUCACACCUAUCGUUGACCCAUUUUCAGGCCUCUGUACUGACUGCUGUGUUGAUUGUUAUAAUUUAUUAA